AUGGCGGUCUCCGAACAAAUCCCCGGGCAGGAGUUAGAGUAUGACUACGAAGCCCUCCCGUCUAACUAUGGCCUCGGCCGGAAUAUGCUGGCUGGUGCCUUUGCAGGGAUAGCGGAACAUGCUGUCAUGUAUCCGGUGGACUUGUUGAAGACUCGCAUGCAAAUCCUGCAUCCUGCGAACGGCGGACUCUACACAGGCCUCACUAAUGCGUUUUCCACGAUUUACCGAAUUGAGGGCUGGCGGACAUUAUGGAAGGGUGUUUCAAGCGUUAUUGUCGGUGCUGGCCCCGCCCACGCUGUCUACUUUGGUACAUAUGAAAUUGUAAAGGAUCUUGCCGGUGGCAAUGUUGAUGACGGUCACCAUCCCCUUGCUGCAGCCCUGAGUGGUGCCUCGGCGACCAUUGCCAGUGACGCUUUGAUGAAUCCCUUCGAUGUGAUUAAGCAACGUAUGCAAGUUCAUGGCUCGGUACACAAGACUAUCCUUCAAUGCGCCCGGUCUGUCUACCGAACGGAAGGUCUUCAGGCCUUCUACGUUUCCUAUCCUACCACACUCUGUAUGACCGUCCCCUUCACCGCUACACAGUUCGUUGCCUAUGAGUCCAUUUCUAAGGUGAUGAACCCCUCCGGGGAUUACGACCCGUUCACCCACUGCAUGGCAGGUGGUCUCGCAGGCGCUUUCGCAGCUGGUCUCACGACACCACUCGACGUGGUCAAGACGCUCCUCCAGACCCGCGGUUUGGCACAGAACGAGGAAAUUCGGUCGGCGAAGGGUCUUUUUAACGCCGCAUCCAUUAUCAAGCGGCAGUUCGGUUGGCGUGGUUUCCUGCGUGGCGCCCGUCCCCGUAUCAUUUCUACGAUGCCCAGCACAGCCAUUUGCUGGACCUCUUAUGAGAUGGCCAAGGCGUACUUCAAGCGCCAGGAGGUCGCCUAA